ACCAUGGUUUAUUAAAAAUGGGAAGAUGCUGUUACAACACUGAAACGAACUAUGGCAUCAUCACAGACUUUUAUUUUGACAACUUCGCGAACACUCUAGUGUUGUUUUUUUCCGCGAACAUGGAGGCGAUUGUGUCAGAUUUAGUGGCACCAGAAGAUCUAAAGAGGUUUGAGAAGAAGUAUAAUGCCGAGCUGGUGAAAGGACCCGUUUCAAAGGAAACCACUUUUGAGUAUGCCUGGUGUUUGAUCAGAAGCAAGUACACAAAUGACAUUGUAAAAGGCAUUCAGCUUUUGGAAGAUCUGGUUCAUACAAGCAAAAAAGACGACCAGAGAGAUUUUCUCUUCUACCUUGCUGUUGCAAACUACAGACUCAAGGAGUAUGAGAAAGCACUGAAGUACAUUCGUACUCUGCUGAAGAAUGAACCAGGUAACAAACAGGCUCUGGAACUGGAAAAACUCAUCGACAAUGCACUAAGAAAAGAUGGCUUAGUUGGCAUGGCGAUCGUUGGCGGUAUCGGAUUAGGUGUGGCCGGAUUGGCUGGUCUUAUUGGUUUGGCCGUGUCCAAAGGUGCAAAGUCCUAAUAUGGAGAAGAAGCGUACUUUGAUUCCUUUCAUCUUCAGAAAACAGACUUAAUGAUUUCAUAUAUUCAUAUAAUCACAUAAAUCCAUGAGGAAGCCUCCCCUUUUUUUUAUUUUGUAUUAUUCUGCCAUGUCUUUCAUAAUAAAAUAAUAUCUUACCUACGUUCAUUUUGCUUUAUGAUUCUCCAGUUUUUUUUGGUAUGUAUAAAAAUGUGGGGUUGGACUAAACUAAAAAACUGUAUGUUUUUCCUCUGAAACCUUUAAUUUAUUAAUGGAAUUCAACUACAGAGGCUUGCCAAAGAUUUGCAGUACUGGAUAAGAUGUAUUGUAAUAGCAUGCUUUUUUUUUUCUUCUUUUAAAUAUAUAACUGUAUUUACACUAUAGGUAAUCAAUAUUUUGAUAAACUUCAGUGAUACCUCAUAUAUGUUAAAGAAUUAAAAUGUGUGCUUACUAAAGUAUUAAGGUGUAUUUACAUGCUUUGCACAUCUUAUUUGACUGGUUUGAUUUGGAAGUGUCAUGCCUUGUAAUUCAUUUUCUUCGUCUUCGUUGUCAGCACAGCUUGUCACCUGUCGGUUUAAAUGUGCUUUCAACUGUGACGUGUGUGUACAAUGUUUUAUAAUUUCUGCCCCUGGAUUUCGUACUGAAACAUAGAGCUGCACAAUUAAUCAUUAAAAGAUGAUGAUCCUGA